AACACGACAAGCAUCAUCUUCCAAACAUCUACUGUCGCCUGCUGCAAUGGAGCUCCGACCACGACACUUGGGCUGUCCAAAGGUUGUUUUGAUCCCUUGGAUCCUAAUGGAAACGUUACGAUUACUUACGAUAUUCGAACUUGGACGACUCAUGGAUACGUGGGGAGGGUCACUGUCCAAAACUACUAUCAAUUCCGACACGUGGAGAAGCCGGGUUGGAAGCUGGGGUGGACAUGGACGAGGGGUGAAGUCAUCUGGUCAAUGAGUGGAGCUUUUGCAACUGAACAAGGGAAUUGCUCGUUGUUUAAGUUUGACACUCCACAUUCCUGUGAAGGGAGCCCUGUCAUUCUUGAUCUCAUGCCGGAGGCAUCGCCCGAAAACCGAUCGGAGGGUUGCUGCCGCGGUGGGGUUCUUUCUGCUUGGGCUGUGGACCCUUCCAAGUCUUUCACUUCGUUUGAAAUUUCAGUUGGGAGUAUGGAUGAAGAUGGCCAUGAGCAACCACCGGCCAAUGUUACUCUCAUGGCGCCUGGUCUUGGUUACACUUGCAGCCCAUUUUUGGACGCUCAUCCGACCGUUUCUUCUGUCAUUGAUGGCAAAAGACAAGUUCAGGUUUUUAGAACAUGGAAGUCAACAUGUACUUACUCCAUGUUUGUGGCGAACAAGACACCACUUUGUUGUGUCUCACUCUCAACAUUUUACAAUCCCUCCAUCACACCCUGCCCUACAUGCAGCUGUGGUUGCAGAAAAGCAGACAAAAGCUCUGUUCAGUGUACAAGGUAUUUGCUAUCUCGUUUUUAG